AUGGCUUUCGACAUUUCUAGGCCAGUGCUGCUAGUGUUGUCUGCCGCGGCGCAGGGCAUGGUGCUAGUUUGCGUAAACCCUCCAUCCCAUUUCAGUCUGGAUUUCACCACGGCUUUUAUCUACAUGGCGAUAUUCAAUAUAUUGGCCUGGAUGGUUUAUAUUCUAGCUGUAUACCCCAAUUUCGUCAGCCCUCUUCGACACCUUCCGUGCCCCAAGGGCGCUCACCCAAUUCUCGGUCACAGCACUUCUCAAUUCAAAUCCCCGCGGGGUGAAGACUACCUCAAUUUCAUCAAGGAGAUUCCAAACGACGGCCUCAUUCGUCUCAAGGGUCUCUUCAACACUGACCAGGUACUACUGACCAACUCAAAGGGUCUGGCCGAAGUUUUGGUCACUAGGCCCUACGAGUUUCCGAAACCUGAGACGGACAGGGACUUUCUGCGUCGCUCGAUUGGUGAUGGACUCGUUGUCGCCGAAAGCGUUCACCAUAAACAACAAAGGAGACACAUCUUGCCAAGUUUUGCCUUCAGACAGAUCAAAUGCCUCUAUCCUCUGUUUUGGGAGAAGUCGGUGAAAAUGGUAAAGGCUAUCGAUAGCGAAGUCUUUGGAUCGCAAUCUCCGCUCGCAAACCCCGACGAAAGGCCUGUUGGGAUGACAGACAUCGAAUAUUGGAUACCCAAAGCCACGCUGGAUAUCAUAGGAGUUGCGGGUUUAGGUCGAGAUUUCGACACGCUACAGAAAUCAGACGACAAAAUCGUCAGACUCUACGAAGAACUUACUUCCCCUUCCACAGACAUGCGCGCUCUGGCGACGAUGCAUAUACUUGUAGGGCAGCCACUGGCUGAUCUGAUUUGCGUCUCUGCUUCUAGACGCCUCAAAAGAACGACACAGGAGUUACGAAUCCUCUGCGAGCAAUUUGUGCGCGAAAAGAGGGAGCGAAUCAAUGGCUCCGAUGACAAGUCAAUCGACACACUGGCUACGUUGAUAAAGGCAGAAGUCUUUAGCGAUCAAGAACUUGUGGACCAACUUUUAACAAUUAUUGUUGCCGGCCAUGAAACCACCUCCUCGGCCUUUACAUGGCUAGUUUAUCUGCUCAGUCUUCACCUUGACGUCCAAUCCCGCUUGCGCAAAGAAAUUCACGCUGCGUUACCUGCCGGCUUGUCUUCUGCCAUCAACUCGGAAGACAAUGAUCUAGCUGCGACUCUCGAGUCCCUACCACUUCUCAACGGCAUUUGCAGCGAGACUCUUCGGGUGUUCCCUACGGUUCCAAUAUCAGUGCGUGCAAGCAAAUACAACACGACUCUGCUCGGACAAUACAUUACCGCGGGUACCAGAAUUUUCUUGGCACCCUGGGCUGUCAACAAGGAUCCAGCAAUAUGGGGUCCCGAUGCUCACGAAUUCAAGCCGGAAAGAUGGAUCGACCCUGCCACUGGAAAACCUAACCAGACAGGCGGAGCACCAACCAACUACGCAUUUUUGACGUUUCUUCAUGGUCCACGUAGCUGCAUUGGACAGAACUUUGCCCGGUCUGAGCUGAGAGCGUUGGUAGCUGCUUUUGUGGGGUCCUAUGAAUGGACAUUGGCCGAUCCGAACGAGAAAGUAAUUCCAGCGGGAGUGGUUACCACAAAGCCUAGAGACGGUCUAAAAGUCAAAUUGACCAAGAUCAAGGAGUGGUAG